AACCGGGUCCUAGUUUGGUUUUUGUGCCCGUCGAUGUGUCCGAGGAUGAUGAUUCGAUAAAAGCGCACGGGUCCUUCCGCCGUCGCGUCAUUCGCCUUCCUUUCAGAAACGCUACAGAUUCGAACGCCGAGUAGUUCCAAAGAGUCCAAACUCUCCUCGUGAAAAGCAGCGAUGGAACCCCAUCACUGUUUCAUCUCGUUUCUGGUGGUGGCGGCGGCGGCGCUCGCCCGUGAGACCGUACGGGCUUCAGGAUCCACGUCGGAUACGGGUUCGGAUUUGGAGCUGAGUUCUCUGGGGCGGGAGCUGUUGGCGGCGGCGAGGGAGCCGGAGUUCUUCGGCUGGUUGAGGAGCGUCAGGAGGAGGAUCCACGAGCGCCCGGAACUGGCUUUCCAAGAGCACGAGACGAGUCGGCUCGUCCGGUCGGAGCUGGACGCGCUCGGGAUCGAGUACAAGUGGCCGGUGGCCGAGACCGGGGUCGUGGCGUCGAUCGGGUCAGGCGACCAACCCUGGUUCGCUCUCCGGGCCGACAUGGACGCCCUCCCUGUUCAGGAAUUGGUAGAGUGGGAACAUAAGAGCAAGAACGAUGGCAAAAUGCAUGCUUGUGGUCAUGAUGCUCAUACAACCAUGCUUCUAGGAGCAGCCAGAUUGCUCAGCGGCAAGAAGCAUUCUUUGAAGGGCACGAUCAAACUCGUCUUCCAACCCGGAGAAGAAGGUCGUGCCGGUGCAUACCAUAUGCUACGAGAAGGGGCACUCGAUCAGUUCCAAGCCAUCUUUGGCUUACAUGUUUUGCCACUUAUGGAAACCGGCAGCGUCGGUUCGAGACCUGGUCCAAUGCUAGCAGGGGCUGGUAGAUUCUCAGCCACAAUACAAGGAAAGGGAGGGCAUGCGGCGAACCCACACGUGACUGUCGAUCCCAUUCUCGCCGCUGCAUCUGCAAUUACCGCACUCCAGCAUAUCAUAUCCCGAGAAACAGAUCCUCUUGUGGCCCGGGUGAUCACGGUGGGCUUCAUUGAGGGUGGCCAAGCUUUGAACGUAAUACCAGAGAUCGUCCGGUUUGCAGGAACUUUUAGGAGCAUGACUUCAGAUGGCUUGUAUAGUCUAAAACAGAGGAUCAAAGAGGUAAUAGAGUUGCAGGCAGCCGUGCAUCGGUGCAACGCGACGGUCGACUUCAUGGAAGAAAAAAUGAGGCCUUACCCUGCUACUGUGAAUGAUGAGACAAUGUACGGGCAUGCAAAAGGCGUCAGCGAAGCCCUGCUUGGCGAAUCCCGAGUGCACCUUCUGCCGAUGACCAUGGGAGCAGAAGAUUUCAGCUUCUACUCGGAGAAGAUGAGGACCGCAUUUUUCAUGAUCGGCAUGAAAAACGCAACACUGGGAUCGGAUAAGGCGCUGCACUCCCCAUACUUUUUCCUUGAUGAGGAAGUUCUACCCAUCGGAGCCGCUCUCCACGCAGCGGUCGCUAUAUCGUACUUGGACGGACACACGGGUGGGAUAUGAGCAGAUAUUGUUCGGUAGCUUUGUACAGCUAGUUUUUCAAAAAAGACAGGACCCUUUUCUGUUUCAUUGGAAGCUUGGGGCCAUGUAGAUCUUGCGGACUUGUAGAUAUUGCACGGAUGAAUCUUGAUGCAAUGUAAUUUUAGGAACAAUAUGUUCUAAUUCGGCGUAGGCUACACCUUCUGGAUCAUCGGAUUCUUGGCGGAGAAUUCUGAUGAAAUUAAAAGCUUUGCAAGGCGUGAAAAGGUCUGGUGACGGGCACCCAUUUGGCCCUCUCUGCUCAGUAAAAUCUCAGCUUGAUCAAA